GCAACCAGCAUCAGGAGCAUUCCAUCAUCGACUGAACGCGAGUGCUCCUUCGAUCGCUCGCUCGCUGUUCCUGCGGCAUCGUUGAACAUCCGGUUGUGUGUUACCCUACAGCGAUGCCUUGAGUGUCAGAUCGAAGUAAACUAGACGGUGCCGGAGUGUUCCCUGCAGCGAAGAAUCCCAAGCAGAUGGCUCCCGGAAAUGGUAGCGCAGAACGGAAGUGCUGCUAGUGGUAGGAUUUAACGCCACCACACACAUUCACACACAGGCACAGCUGGCAGCUGUCAUCGAGCGAUAGCGGUGCCUACUACUGCUACAAUCGUUCGCGAGUAGUGUAUUCAAGCGCGGCGACAGUCUUGAGAGUGAACACAGCAACCAACUAAGCAGCAGCUGCCUAUAGAAGGAUGCUCUGCACGGUGCUUGGGACCGUGUUCGGUGUCCUGGUGGCACUGUACGGUCUGUUCGAGCUGCACUACUUCCUGCGGAUGUGCCUUUGCGUGGUGUCGGCCCGGUUUCUCAAGAAGCGGAUGCACAUCCUCGAUACGAGCAGCGUCGUCGGUCUCUGCCUUACGAACGAUAUCGAUACGCUGCUGUAUCACAUGAACAAUGCGCGCUACCUACGCGAGGUGGACUUUGCCCGGGUGGACUUUUACGAGCGCACCAGCCUGUACCGGACGAUCCGUAGUAAGGGAGGUUCGGUGGUGCAGGGGGCCACCACGAUCCGUUACCGCCGGUUCAUUCGUCCUUUCACGCGCUUCACCAUCAGCUCCAGGAUCGUGUACUGGGACAAUCAGUCGAUCUUCAUGGAGCACCGGUUUAUCGGAGGAACGGAUGGGUUCAUUCACUGCAUUGCACUCUGCCGCCAGCGUGUCAUGCAGUGCUCGGUCGAGGAUGUGAUGGCAACGUUGCUCAAGAGUGGCCUUUGCUUGCAGCAACCAUCGGUGGCGAGUGCCGGGAGCACGAAACGUACCGCACCGACCACCAGCUCGACCGAGUUCCUCGAUAAAGCGGAAGCAGGCACCGGCGGAGCGACGCUGGGACCGGCCGUGAGUCUAACGAAGCCCGAUCUACCGCCCGAGGUGUCCAAGUGGCUCGAAUGGAACGAAAUCUCGAGCGCCAGCCUCCGGAGUGAGGGUUGAAGCGGGAAAGCGCUUUACCGUUCACGGUUCACGGACCAACCCCCGUUGAAUGCACCAGAGCUUUUCUUCUCUGCACAACCAACUACCUUCUCUCUCUCUCUCCUCUCUUAUCCUGUCGCCUACUGUUACUCGUUGUCGCUUGCUUAACCUCCCUGUUCCAUCUUCUUUCCCCCAAAAACACUCUAGGAGCAAAGAUUUUCUAUCUCUCGUUGUUAAAACUUCCCAUCUUCCUGGGAUGUAGCGCAGUGUAGUAGAGACACUAGGACACUAGGCUAAAGUAAGAAUGCGAAUGGAGAAAAUACAAAUAUAUCUGCGGACCCGGAGCGGCGCGGAGUCCGCCCAACAU